AUGUGUAAUAUCUACCACCCUCUCUCUACCACCUCCUCUUUAGCACUACCACCUCCCACCACCACUACCAUCAUCAACCCACCACCACCAGUGAUAGCAACAUAUAUGCAAAACAGGAAGCUGGGCAUAUAUGCAAAACCCACCGCCACCGCACCUAACCCACCACCCCAACCACCCGUUCACCUCCACCCACCACCCAACGGUGCCGCAACCAAAGCACCCACCGCCGUCGCACUAAACCCACCACCACAACCACCCCUUCACCUCCACCCAACGCCGCUACAACUAAGUCACUUACCGCCGCAAACCAAAUCAAGCAGAGUCACAGCUGCAUAUUCAGACCUAGAUAACAAAUUGCAUUUCUAA